AUGGCGUGGCCACCGCGCGCACUAGUCUUGCUCUUCCUCGUCGUCCUGGCCGGUCCCAUCUCGUCGGCGGCAGGGGCGAAGCGGCACGCGAUCCCGGACGACCUCCGCGACGUGGUGGACGACGAGGAGGACGAGGACUGGCGGCACUGGGGCGCCCCCGCGAAACUCCCUGACCGGCCUAAUCCGCCGCCGGACCUGUCGCGGAUGGAUCCCGCCGCGCUCCGGGCCGAGCUGCUCCGUGGCGGCCAGGCCGGGCCCUCGCUCGGCUUCGUCAAGCUCCGGCUCGGCGUCCGCCGGUCCCAGGAGGACGUCAUGGGGAUCGCCACGCGGUGGACCAAAGUGCUGCGGACCGGAUCGGUGGCCGCCAAGUUCGUGGCCGUCGAUUUCGGGACGCUCAUGUUCACCAUGGAAAGAGGCCGAGACUUACGCGAGUUCAAGGAGUUCAUCUUGGGGCAGCCAGAGGCCUACGAGUUCAAGAUCGGGGACCAAGUUUUCCGGCGACCUGGAGACCCACCAUUGGAGCAGGUCAUCGAGACGCUACGGAAGGAGAAGAUGAAUAAGUCUGAAGACGAACUCUAGGGUCAGCUAUUAGCUCCUGGAGUCCUGGGUGCAGUUCCUGUGACACGCAAAUUCCUUUGUUGUGCUUUCGUAGAUUCUGUAGAUCCUAAUGAUCUUUUGCAGUUCCGUGCGGGUAGCAGCUACCGACCAAUAAGUGCAGGAUAGAUGCUGCUAAUUCUUCAGAACUCGACACGAUCAGAACUCAUAAGUGACCCUCUUUGUCGCAGAGAUGUAUAGAUCAAACUUCCUACUAGUAUAAGAUUGCAAGCGUUCGCCCUGUGGUCUGUGGAAUUAAUCAGUGAAGUAGAGUAAUAACUGUGUUCCUUGAGAGUUAUCAGUCUCGUCUUUGUCAGACAAAAUUACAAUCUUCGCUCCUUGCCU